UAGCGGAACCAUUUUACUGUACCCUCUGUUGCGAAUGAAUGACGGUAGUAUAUGUACGAGGGACAGGCAUGGGUACCCAAGUUGCUGCAUGUAAGGUUCUUCAGUUUGCUGUGAGAAAGGUCACCUCUUCUGGAUUUGGUCCGCUUCAGUUUGGGAGAUGCCACCUCCAGCCUCUAUGCACUGAGUGCAGGUUGUUCUGUUCCUCUACCAGCCAGAGUACUUUCCAUUCAACGCCACAAAGCCAUGAACUCCGUCCUCUAUCCAGGAAGCCAGCCACAGAGCUAUCCCUACGCUCACUGGUUGAUAUGGGAUUCACACACUCCCAGGCAGAGCACAUCAAUGAUGCCAUGUCCAAACUCAGAGGAGGAAGUGCUACCAAACAUGCUCUGUCAGCCCUCACAGCUCUGUUCGCCUUGGGCUUCAAUCCUUCUAGCAUGCUGAAACUUUUGGAGAAAUGUCCUGAACUGUACACCGUCAAGGAAUCGCAGCUUCAGCAGCGCAUAGGCAACUUGCGGAAACUAGGGUUAGUUGAAGGCUGUCUUCAGAGAGUGGUGUCCCAUUACCCCCACAUCCUGACUGUGUCUGUGAAGGCAAUAAAACACGUGGUGGUGUUCCUCAGGGAGAAGUGCCUGUUUACCGCCCAGCAGGUCACGGACAUCCUCAGAGAUAGUCCGGCCAUAGUUAUGGAAAACAUGGGUCAGCUGGAGUACAAGUUUCAGUACGUCUACUUCCGAAUGGGUGUCAAACAGCAAGAGAUGGUGAAGUCCAGGUUGUUCCGUUUCACUCUGGACGAGGUGCGCUGUCGACAUUGUUUUCUGGAGCGCAGGGGCCUGUAUCAAACCCCAGACAAAAAAGGACAGACGUUGGUCCUCAACCCCAAACUGGACAGCAUCCUCAGCGUUGACCAGGACACCUUCCUGGCGCAUGUUGCCAAUGCGUCCACAGAGGAGUAUGAUGUAUUUAAGAGAAUGAUGGCACAAGAAUGGCAUGAAGAGCAGCAGCAGUGGGGCAGCAUUGAAGUUGAUAGUAAUGAUGAUGAUGAUGAUGAUGAUUAUAUGGAUGAAGAAGAGGAGGAGACUAGAGGGAAAAGUGGAUACAGGAAGAGUAGAAAGAAAUAACAGCACUGUGGGAGAGACCAAGAGAACAUAAACUUAAGAGGAAAUGACAUGAUUAGAGGAAAUGACAUCCUUUGAUGAUAAACGAACCAAUAAAAUGUCCCCUAUCUGUU